GUGUUAUUUGCUCACAUUUGAUGGAUCAGGACUGUUGCUAAUGAAACGCAGACUAUUUUACCAAGGUGCUCGAGGACAAUCUGAAGGCUGUCGUGAAGCCUCAGUAUGUCGACCAGAUUCCGAGAGCUGUCAGGGGCCCGGUCAAGGGGGUCAAGGACCUGAUCAAAGCUCGAACCCAGAUGGACAACUUGGAGCACAUUAUGGACGUCCUUGAGCUUCACCAGGUUGCUAGCCGUGACAUUGACCAGCUCUCUGGAGGAGAACUGCAACGUUUCGCCAUUGGUAUGGUCUGUGUCCAGAAGGCCGAUGUUUACAUGUUUGACGAACCCUCGUCUUACCUCGAUGUUAAGCAACGUUUGGCCGCUGCCCGCUCGAUCCGUGAAUUGCUCCGUCCCGAUGACUAUGUUAUCGUUGUCGAGCACGACUUGUCCGUGCUAGACUAUCUCUCCGACUUCAUUUGUGUGCUUUACGGAAAGCCCGCGCUUUAUGGUGUUGUCACCCUCCCUGCUUCCGUCCGUGAGGGUAUCAACAUCUUCUUGGAUGGUCACAUUCCCACCGAGAACUUGCGAUUCCGUGAGGAUUCCCUCUCUUUCCGUCUCACCGAGGCUGGUGAUGAUUUCAUGGCCGACAGGGGACGUGCAUUCACUUACCCCAGCAUGACCAAGACCCUGGGUAACUUUAAGCUGCGCAUUGAUGGCGGUCAGUUUACCGACUCUGAGAUUGUUGUCAUGAUGGGUGAGAACGGAACUGGCAAGACUACUUUCUGUAAGAUGCUUGCUGGUGCUGAGAAGCCGGACGGCGAUGCUACGAUUCCCCGCAUGCACAUCAGUAUGAAGCCCCAGAAGAUCACUCCCAAGUUCCAGGGUACCGUGCGUCAGCUUUUCUUCAAGAAAAUCAAGGCUUCUUUCUUGUCCCCUCAGUUCCAGACCGAUGUCUACAAGCCCCUUAGAAUCGACGAUUUCAUCGACCAGGAAGUCCAGAACCUGUCUGGUGGUGAACUUCAGCGUGUUGCCAUUGUCUUGGCACUUGGUAUGCCGGCCGAUAUCUACCUGAUUGACGAGCCUAGUGCGUAUCUAGACUCCGAGCAGCGUAUCAUUGCCUCUCGAGUCAUCAAACGUUUCAUCAUGCACGCCAAGAAGACUGCCUUCAUUGUCGAGCACGACUUUAUCAUGGCCACCUACCUUGCUGACCGUGUCAUUGUCUUCGACGGCAAACCAUCCGUUGACGCUCACGCCAACUCUCCCGAGUCCUUGGUCACUGGCUGCAACAGCUUCCUGCGCAGCUUGGAUGUCACCUUCCGUCGUGACCCCAACAGUUACCGUCCCCGUAUCAACAAGUACCAGUCCCAGAUGGACCAGGAGCAAAAGUUGAACGGUAACUACUACUUCUUGGAAGAAGAGAGCUGAAAAGGGCAUCCCUGGCAAGCAUAACCGCGACCACCACCGGCGUGAUGGACGCGACACCCACCAGCGACAAGACCGACGUCGUGGUAGACGAAAGAACCUA